UACCUACAUGUAGGUCUGUAAAUAUCUAUAUUCUACCUUGCCUCACACACAGCUCAGGACUCAUCUGGGCUCUUGUUUUUCACCGAGAGGGCAACAACCCCAAGUGCUACACAGAGAAAGGUAUGCAAAUUGCAUACAAAGAUGCAAAGUAUUACCUAGUCUUAAGCUUGAUCUCAAUGAGCACAGGCGUUGCCUUGCCGAUGGUUUCUCAAGAUCGACAUCCAACAUUGAACACCAUCAUCCACUUUAUCACGCUACCUAGUGUUGGCGGCCAGUCCCUUAGGGCCCUAGGUGGUCCCUACCUAUUACCUAGGGUAUCACAGAUGGCAGUCAGCCUUGCCGAUGGGUCCUUCAAGUCUUGGAACGAUAGUGUAAGCCCCCCGGCCUAAGAGUCAUGUAUGGGUCUUGGUAAUGCCUGGUCACGAUUGUGGGGG